UUUGAGCGAAAAGCUAAUCCAUGGGUGCUCCAAAUUCCUCCUUCCUCCUCUGGUUUAUCCUCUUUGGUUUCUCUGCUUUUCUAUGCCUUUAUGCCCAUGAAGGAAGUCAUACUGUUGAAGUCAGCUCUCUCAUACCGUCAACUACUUGCCAUGCUUCUGACAAAGGUCCAAGAAGCAUGGCGUCCCUAAAAGUGAUGCACAAAUAUGGGCCAUGCUUUGAAAGCAACAAAGACGAAGUAGCAGUUCCAAAUCACAUUGAAAUCCUCCUCCAAGACCAGUCCAGGGUCAAUUCAAUCCACUCCAGGAUUUCCAAGAACUCCGGCAGUAGCAAAUUUAGGGACUCUCAGGCCACCACCCUUCCAGCUAAAUCCGCUCUCCCGCUCGGAUCCGGCAACUACGUUGUCUCCAUCGGCCUUGGCACGCCCAUAAGAGACCUAAGACUUGUAUUUGACACUGGCAGCGACCUUACUUGGACGCAAUGUGAACCAUGCGCCCGAUAUUGCUAUAAUCAAGUUGACCCAAUCUUUGACCCUUCCAAAUCCACAUCGUAUUCCAGCAUUACAUGCGCUUCGCCGUCAUGCUCUCUACUCGCCUCUGCCACAGGAAACCAAUCGCCUUGCCCCUCUCGUACUUCACAAUGCAUAUACGACAUAGGAUACGGUGAUGGAUCAUACUCAAUUGGCUAUUUCAGCAAAGAAAGGCUAACCAUAACACCGUCAAACGUGUUGGACGAUUUCUUAUUUGGUUGUGGCCAAGACAACGAAGGACUCUUCAACGGCAUCGCCGGGUUGCUAGGCCUCGGUCGCAACCGAAUCUCUAUCGUGCAACAAGCCGCACAAAAGUACGGCCAAUUUUUCUCAUAUUGUCUGCCCUCCACGCCUAGCUUAACGGGAUAUCUCACGUUCGGAAACGACAGUGGAGGGGUCUCCAACAACGUUAAGUUCACACCUUUGUUGACGCUUUCUCAGGGUGCAUCGUUCUAUGGGCUUGGUUUGACUGGAAUAAGCGUUAAUGGACAGCAACUAUCGAUUCCAACGUCGGUGUUUUCGACAGCAGGCACCAUCAUCGACUCUGGAACGGUCAUAACGCGGUUGCCACCGAUGGCGUACAACGAACUACGAACAACAUUUCGAAAGUUGAUGAGUGGUUAUCCGAUGACGAGCUCAUAUUCGUUAUUCGAUACGUGCUAUGACUUUCGCAAGAACAAUACUGUUUCGAUUCCAAAAAUUGGCUUUUUGUUUGGUGGUUUGAUGGUGGAUUUGGACCCCGCGGGGGUGUUUUACGUGGUGAGCUCGUCGCGGACUUGUUUAGGGUUUGCCGGAAACAAUAAAACAAGCGACAUAGUGAUUAUCGGGAAUACUCAGCAACAAAGGUUGGAGGUGGUCUAUGAUGUUGUUGGAGGGAGGAUUGGAUUUGGCCCUGCUGGUUGUAGCUAGCUAAUUACAUACGAAUGAUAAGCUGCUUAGAAAAUAAUAACUAUGAAAAUAAUAAAAUAAAAAGUAGAGAGGCCAGGUUGUAACCUUGUAGGGUUUACUUGUUCUGAUCGAAUAAGUGGGCCUCGCUUCUCAAGUUAUCCAAAGUAAAAGGGAAUUAAUAUGUAUUAAGGUUUAAGUAAUGACUUUAUAAGUUUAUAUAUAAAAAUAAAUGGAAAUAUAAAUGAAGAAAUCCGAAAAUAAGCUAGUCA